AUGGAUUUUGAGCUCCCAUCCCAGUCUCUCCGUGCGGUCAUCCCACCAGUCGCGCCGUCGAUUGAGAGCAGUCGACUCAUUCUUCGGCCAGCCACCGAUUCCGACAUACCUGCCCUCUUCGCCGUACGAUCCCGGCCAGAAGUCGCUGCAACAAACUACCCUAAAGAGCCAUUCAAGACUUUUAAGGAAACACGAGAAUGGUGGGCAUCAAAGGUAUUCACCGAACCAGCCGCGGCAUUUGGCCGCUCAUUCAGUUUUGUCAUUCUAGACAAGUCAAUCCCAGACACAGACGAGCAGGUCAUUGGCUACGUGAGCAUCAAUGAAGUAGAGCCUUGUCCGGAGAUUGGGUACUCACUUCUUCCCGAGUCGUGGGGGAAGGGAUUUGCAACAGAAGCAUUGAGAAUGAUGCUGAAGAUGUGGUGGGACCUUCCACGGCGAAAUUGGGGUGAUGAUGACGAUAACCAAGCUGAGAAGGUCUAUGCUAUCUUUGAGAAGAUCAAUCCGGGGAGCCGGGCUGUCUUGACUAAAUGUGGCUUUGCAAAUGAGAACUUUCGGUCGGAGCUACUUUGUGUUUAUGGUCUUGCGAGGCCGGCUAUCUCCUCAGAUGCGGGUCAAGAACUGUAUCAUUACAUCUAG